AUGGUUAGAGGAAAAACCCAAAUGAGGCUAAUAGAAAAUGCUACAAGCAGGCAAGUUACCUUCUCAAAGAGGAGAAAUGGUCUGCUCAAGAAAGCCUUUGAGCUCUCAGUCCUCUGUGAUGCUGAGGUGGCACUCAUAAUCUUUUCUCCUAGAGGCAAGCUCUAUGAAUUUGCUAGUUGCAGCAUGCACCAUACAAUAGAACGCUACCAAAAGCAUGCAAAAGAGAUUCAAGCCACCAAUCCUUCUAUUGAACAUGAUCACACACAGCAUUUGAAGCUUGAAGCAGCUAGCAUGAUGAAAAAGAUAGAACAACUCGAAGCAUCAAAGGGGAAGUUACUUGGACAAGGUUUGGGAACUUGCACCAUUGAAGAACUGCAGCAGUUAGAACGACAGUUAGAGCGCAGCGUUAACGUCAUACGCGCGAGAAAGAUGCAAGUGUACAAGCAACAAAUUGAGCAAUUGAAAGAAAAGGAAAGAGCCCUAGCUGCUGAAAAUGCCUUGCUUUAUGAGAAGGUUGGUAUCGAAACACAAAGGGAAUCGAGGAAAGAAAAGGCCGCCGGGACUCCUGCAGAAAUCAGCGAAAUUUCGGAUGUCGAGACAGACUUAUUCAUCGGGCCGCCCGAGACAAGGAAUAAACGUCACUUCCCGAAAUAA